GGGGCGGCGCGGGCGCAUGGCUCCGUUGUAACAAUCCCUGAACGCGACUGUCGGGACGUGGUUUUAGUCGCAAAAGCCGUCGUCGAGCUUGCAGUAUCCGUCUCACUCCUCGCCCGGUGUUCGGCCGUUUUCGGCUUGGGGGUAAAUUAGUUUUUCUGCGGGGAAACCGAGGAAGGGAAAAGCACGAGACGUCUAGUAAGAGAGCCGUGUUCGUCGCGGUGGCCACGGCCGAUAUUUUCUCAGCAACGGGAAAUCCCAUUCCAGGACAAUUUCCCUGUUGCCUGCGGUAUACCGUACGCGUAUAUUACACACUAACGCAAAAUUUAUAUCGCUUACGCAUCGCAGCUAUUAAUCACAGUAUAGUGGAAGUAUGGAGCGUCCUGAGGAGGCGGUUCAGGAACGCGGUCGAAACUUCCGAUUACUUCAUCCCGAAGAACUGCCUCAACUUCUGGACUUCCUCACCGGAUACCUUCCCGAAUCUCUGAAGUUUCAUCAAACUCUUUUAACGUACCUGGAGGAACGAGUCUGGGAAUUUCAUUUUUACGUGGCAGACGGUUGGCCAAAGCAGUCCCCAAUCUGCCUCCACUUCCCAGGAAUGACAUUGUCCCCCCACGGUACUCUCUACGAAAGCGUGGGAGUCUUCUGUCCCGGCGACAGACUCGAGUUGCUGAAGCUCCUGCGAACGGAAGACGUGUUGUUGGACUGGUCGCGUCCCUUGUACAUAAACUUCACGCAUUGCGACAUAGUCGACGAGUUGGUGCGGCUUUACGAGGGUACGGGAACGGUGAACCGAGUCCUGGGUGAUAUCUGGGCGUGCGAGGAGCCCGAGAAGACCGUGGAGAUCGAGGAGGAAGCCGAGGAGAGCCAGACGGACGUCAGGGUCCAGCCGCUGAGGCCGGAACACGCCGAAGGAAUCCACGAGCUUUACACGGCGAACGACAUGGAGUGCCACGAGCUUUUUUUACGACUUAUAAAGACCCUCCCAGCGGCGGGAGUGUUCGCGGGUGAUCGACUCGCCGCUUGGAUGGUCCAGUCCUACUACGGAGCGAUGUUCUCGAUGCAAACGCGGCCCGAGUUCCGGCGGAAGGGUUACGGCACGAAGCUCGCGAGGUACCUGAUCAAGGCGGUGGCCGACCGGGGCUACAACUCCUUCGUAUUCAUAAGGCCGGAGAACGAGGCGAGCCGGAGUCUUUACACAAAGCUGGGCUUCCGAAAGCUCUACCAAACGGCCAGGGCGAUCUUCACGCCCGAGGGAUGGGAGGAACCGGAAAGCGAGGGAAACCUCUUCCUCAGAGAGAACCUGGAGAACGCUGUCAGGCAGCUGAAGCACAGGGUGGUAAUGGACGCGAUCUGCGACGAGAAGGAGGAGGAAGCGGAGGAGGAGGAUGCGGAGGAGGAGGAGGAGGAGGAGGAUCAGGAUCGCGUCGCGAUACCGACCCCGGUUCUCGGCUCGCCCGUCGAUUCUUCCGCACCACCGACAUCGAACAAAUACGCCUCCGAGGAGGACGUAGACCCCGGCACAGCGAACGACGAACCCGUCUUGCUCGUCAACGGCAACCGUCGCGUUCCUCGGACCGAAGACAAGGAAUCACGAUGCGUCACCGACCUCGAUAGGGAAGACGAAAAGGAAACCGUAUGCGCGCCCUCGGUCGAGGACAGCAACGAAGGUGACGGCGGAACGGAAUUCAGCGCCGGUAGAAACUAAUUGUUUGUCGUAUAAUUUCACAUUAUUUUACGGUUAUUAUGUUACGUUAUUAUAUUAUAUACAUCCCUAUAAAGCUCGUUAUUCGACGCACGCGAUUUUACUUACAGUUAGGAUUACGUGUAUAUCGAACUAAUUAAUUAAACGGAUGUACGGAAAAUUUGGGAAGAACAAAAAUUACGAGGGAAGGCAUAAGAUAUAUAUAUAUAUGUAUAUAUAUAUACAUAUAUAUAUGUAUAUGUAUGUAUGUAUAUAUAUCUACAACAUAACCGUGAGUAAAAUAUAAUAUAUAGACGAGAAACACUUGUUAUAAAAUACGUAACCCGCGGCUUGCGCUUGGCACAUUUGACAGCGGUAGCAUUCGGAGAAUAAAACAUUCCACCCUCGCCCUUGAAUUACGUAGUACUUGGUAUAAUUUAAGUUUAAGAAGUCAGAAAACGAAAUUAAAACUAAAACGUAAGAAGGAGAAAUAAAAAAGAAAUUACGAAUACGUACCAUAAGUACAUACGUAAAAUAUUGUAUAACAUCUUCGUAAGAUAUCGGCUAACUUGUAGGGAUGCAGUUAAUUCUGAUUUCGUGCGAAUAACUCGAGUUAAUAAGUAUGUUUAACUGUACGUAUAUAACACAUGUAUAGAUAUUGUAUAAAUGUAAUAUUUACGGGAAAUUUGAAAGGUCUUCGUUACUCUUCAAACUCUUCAUAUCAUAUAAAUAUAGUACUAGGAAUUGAAGCGUUGAAAUGAUUGGUUAAAUUCGAAGAUGCGAAGCUUCAACGAGGGGAUUUUAAGCGAUGACUUAACUCUCAAGACAAAAUCAACGUGAAAAAAUGUGUGGAAAACUUUUUUCUCUUCUUACUGUCGGACGUUUUCGGAAAGAUUUUCUAAAGUCGCUGUAACGUGAUGGUGUUAAA